AUGCCUCCUGGGUAUUUCCCAGAAUGCCCCCUGGUUUUCAGUGAAGAACCACACUCCAGCCUCUACUUUGUCAAUGCAUCUCUGCAAGAGGUAGUGUUCGCGAGUACCUCGGGGACGCUGGUGCCCUGCCCGGCUGCAGGCAUCCCUCCUGUGACUCUCAGAUGGUACCUAGCGACGGGCGAGGAGAUCUACGAUGUCCCCGGGAUCCGCCACGUCCACCCCAACGGCACUCUCCAGAUCUUCCCCUUCCCCCCCUCCAGCUUCAGCACCUUAAUCCAUGAUAAUACUUACUAUUGCACAGCGGAAAAUCCUUCAGGGAAAAUUAGAAGUCAGGAUGUCCACAUCAAGGCUGUUUUACGGGAGCCCUAUACAGUCCGUGUGGAGGACCAGAAAACCAUGAGAGGCAAUGUUGCAGUCUUCAAGUGCAUUAUCCCCUCCUCGGUGGAGGCGUACGUCACUGUUGUCUCAUGGGAGAAAGACACCGUUUCACUCGUCUCAGGAUCUAGAUUUCUCAUCACAUCCACGGGAGCCUUGUAUAUUAAAGAUGUACAGAAUGAAGAUGGAUUGUAUAACUACCGCUGCAUCACGCGGCACAGAUACACCGGAGAGACCAGGCAGAGUAACAGCGCUAGACUUUUUGUAUCAGAUCCAGCGAACUCAGCCCCAUCCAUCCUGGACGGGUUUGACCACCGCAAAGCCAUGGCAGGGCAGCGGGUAGAGCUGCCUUGCAAAGCGCUUGGGCACCCUGAGCCCGACUACCGCUGGCUGAAGGACAACUCACCCUUGGAACUCUCUGGGAGGUUCCAGAAGACAGUGACAGGGCUGCUCAUCGAGAGUGCCCGCCCCUCAGACUCGGGCAGCUACGCGUGCGAGGUGUCCAACCGAUAUGGGACUGCGAAGGUGAUUGGCCGCCUGUACGUGAAACAGCCACUGAAAGCUGCCAUCAGUCCCAGGAAGGUGAAAAGCAGCGUGGGCAGCCAGGUGUCCUUGUCCUGCAGCGUGACAGGAACCGAGGACCAGGAACUGUCCUGGUACCGAAACGGCGAAAUCCUCAACCCGGGGAAAAACGUGAGGAUCACAGGGAUCAACCACGAAAACCUUAUCAUGGAUCACAUGGUCAAAAGCGACGGGGGCGCAUACCAGUGCUUUGUGCGCAGGGACAAGCUGUCCGCUCAAGACUAUGUCCAGGUGGUGCUCGAAGAUGGGACUCCCAAAAUCAUUUCUGCCUUCAGUGAAAAAGUGGUGAGCCCCGCCGAACCAGUGUCCCUCAUGUGCAACGUGAAGGGGACUCCCUUGCCCACCAUCACAUGGACCCUGGACGACGACCCAAUCCUCAAGGGCGGCGGUCACCGCAUCAGCCAGAUGAUCACGUCUGAGGGGAACGUGGUCAGCUACCUGAACAUCUCCAGCUCCCAGGUCCGGGAUGGGGGCGUUUACCGCUGCACGGCCAACAACUCUGCGGGAGUCGUCCUGUACCAGGCUCGAAUAAACGUAAGAGGGCCUGCCAGCAUUCGACCAAUGAAAAAUAUCACAGCAAUAGCAGGACGGGACACAUACAUUCACUGUCGUGUGAUUGGCUACCCGUAUUACUCCAUCAAAUGGUACAAGAACUCUAAUCUGCUUCCUUUUAACCACCGCCAGGUGGCAUUUGAGAACAAUGGAACUCUAAAGCUCUCGGAUGUACAAAAAGAAGUUGAUGAGGGCGAAUACACGUGCAAUGUGUUGGUUCAGCCACAGCUCUCCACCAGCCAGAGUGUCCACGUGACGGUGAAAGUCCCUCCCUUCAUUCAGCCCUUUGAGUUUCCGAGAUUCUCCAUCGGGCAGCGGGUCUUCAUCCCGUGCGUGGUGGUCUCGGGGGACCUGCCUAUCACCAUCACCUGGCAGAAGGACGGCCGGCCCAUCCCCGCCAGCCUCGGGGUCACCAUCGACAACAUCGACUUCACCAGCUCCCUGCGGAUCUCCAACCUCUCCCUGAUGCACAACGGGAACUACACCUGCAUCGCCCGGAACGAGGCCGCCGCCGUGGAGCACCAGAGCCAGCUCAUCGUGAGAGUUCCUCCCAAGUUCGUGGUUCAGCCGCGGGACCAGGACGGGAUUUACGGCAAGGCUGUUAUACUCAAUUGCUCGGCUGAGGGCUAUCCUGUACCCACCAUCGUGUGGAAAUUCUCCAAAGGUGCUGGGGUGCCCCAGUUCCAGCCAAUCCCCCUGAACGGCCGCAUCCAGGUCCUCAGCAAUGGGUCGCUGUUGAUCAAGCACGUCGUGGAGGAAGACAGCGGGUACUACCUCUGCAAGGUCAGCAACGAUGUGGGCGCGGACGUCAGCAAGUCCAUGUACCUCACGGUUAAAAUUCCUGCCAUGAUAACGUCCUACCCGAACACGACGCUGGCCACUCAGGGCCAGAAGAAGGAAAUGAGCUGCACGGCCCACGGGGAGAAGCCCAUCAUCGUCCGCUGGGAGAAGGAGGACAGGAUCAUCAACCCCGAGAUGGCCCGUUACCUCGUAUCCACCAAGGAAGUGGGGGAGGAGGUGAUUUCUACGCUGCAGAUCUUGCCCACUGUGAGAGAAGAUUCUGGAUUCUUCUCCUGCCAUGCUAUCAAUUCCUAUGGGGAGGACCGUGGGAUAAUCCAGCUCACUGUGCAAGAGCCCCCAGACCCUCCCGAGAUCGAGAUCAAAGACGUGAAGGCGCGCACAAUCACACUCAGGUGGACCAUGGGCUUCGACGGGAACAGCCCCAUCACCGGCUACGACAUUGAAUGCAAAAACAAAUCAGACUCCUGGGAUUCUGCUCAGAGAACCAAAGAUGUUUCCCCUCAGCUGAACUCGGCCACCAUCAUUGAUAUCCACCCUUCCUCCACCUACAGCAUCCGCAUGUAUGCCAAGAACCGGAUCGGCAAGAGCGAGCCCAGCAACGAGCUCACCGUCACGGCGGACGAGGCCGCUCCUGAUGGCCCACCUCAGGAAGUCCACCUGGAGCCCAUAUCAUCCCAGAGCAUCAGGGUCACCUGGAAGGCUCCCAAGAAGCACUUGCAGAACGGGAUCAUCCGCGGCUACCAGAUCGGGUACCGGGAGUACAGCACGGGGGGCAACUUCCAGUUCAACAUCGUGAGCGUGGACACCACGGGCGACAGCGAGGUGUACACCCUGGACAACCUCAGCAAGUUCACGCAGUACGGGCUGGUGGUGCAGGCCUGCAACCGCGCCGGCACGGGGCCCUCUUCUCAGGAAAUCAUCACCACCACGCUGGAGGACGUGCCCAGCUACCCGCCUGAAAACGUGCAAGCCAUGGCAACAUCACCAGAAAGCAUCUCCAUCUCCUGGUCCACGCUUUCCAAGGACGCCCUGAAUGGGAUCCUCCAGGGCUUCAGAGUCAUCUACUGGGCCAACCUCAUGGACGGAGAGCUGGGCGAGAUUAGGAAUGUCACCACCACGCAGCCGUCGCUGGAGCUGGACGGGCUGGAGAAGUACACCAACUACAGCAUCCAGGUGCUGGCCUUCACGCGCGCGGGGGACGGGGUCAGGAGUGAGCAGAUCUUCACGCGGACCAAGGAGGAUGUUCCAGGCCCUCCUGCGGGUGUGAAGGCGGCAGCGGCCUCGGCCUCCAUGGUCUUCGUGUCCUGGCUGCCCCCUCUCAAGCUCAACGGCGUCAUCCGGAAGUACACGGUGUUCUGCUCGCACCCCUACCCCACAGUGAUCAGCGAAUUUGAAGCGUCCCCUGACUCAUUUUCCUACAGAAUUCCUAACCUGAGUCGAAAUCGCCAGUACAGCGUCUGGGUGGUGGCCGUGACUUCAGCCGGAAGAGGCAACAGCAGUGAGAUCAUCACGGUAGAGCCGCUAGCGAAAGCUCCUGCACGGAUCCUAACCUUCAGCGGAACAGUGACUACUCCCUGGAUGAAAGAUAUCGUCCUGCCGUGUAAAGCUGUCGGGGACCCUUCUCCCGCAGUAAAGUGGAUGAAAGACAGUAACGGGACGCCCAGCCUGGUGACGAUUGACGGGCGCAGGAGCAUCUUCAGCAACGGCAGCUUCAUCAUCCGCACUGUGAAGGCGGAAGACUCCGGCUACUACAGCUGCAUCGCCAACAACAACUGGGGCUCAGACGAGAUCAUUUUAAAUUUGCAAGUACAAGUUCCACCAGAUCAGCCCCGGCUUACUGUGUCCAAAACCACAUCUUCCUCCAUCACUCUUUCCUGGCUCCCGGGGGACAAUGGAGGCAGCUCCAUCAGAGGCUACAUACUGCAGUACUCUGAGGACAACAGCGAGCAGUGGGGCAGUUUCCCAAUCAGCCCCAGCGAGCGCUCCUACCGCUUGGAGAACCUGAAGUGUGGGACGUGGUACAAGUUCACGCUCACUGCCCAAAACGGAGUGGGACCGGGACGCAUCAGUGAGAUCAUAGAGGCGAAGACGCUGGGGAAGGAGCCCCAGUUCUCCAAAGAGCAGGAGCUCUUCGCCAGCGUCAACAGCACCCGUGUACGGCUCAACCUGAUCGGCUGGAACGACGGCGGCUGCCCCAUCACCUCCUUCACGCUCGAGUACAGGCCCUUCGGGACCACGGUCUGGACCACGGCUCAUCGGACCUCCCUGUCCAAGUCCUACAUUCUGUAUGACCUGCAGGAAGCCACCUGGUACGAGCUCCAGAUGCGGGUGUGCAACAGCGCCGGCUGCGCGGAGAAGCAGGCCACCUUCGCCACGCUCAACUACGAUGGCAGUACAAUUCCUCCACUCAUUAAGUCAGUUGUCCAAAGUGAUGAGGGGCUGGCGACCAACGAAGGGCUCAAGAUGCUGGUGACCGUCUCCUGCAUCCUGGUGGGCGUGCUCCUGCUCUUCGUGCUCCUGAUGGUGCUGCGGCGGCGGCGGCGGGAGCAGAGGCUCAAGAGGCUGAGAGAUGCCAAGAGUUUGGCUGAAAUGCUCAUGAGUAAGAAUACUCGGACUUCAGACACUUUAAGCAAGCAACAACAGACUCUGAGAAUGCACAUCGACAUACCCAGGGCGCAGCUUUUGAUCGAAGAGAGAGACACAAUGGAGACCAUCGAUGAUCGCUCCACGGUGCUGCUGACGGACGCUGAUUUUGGAGAAGCAGCUAAACAAAAGUCCCUGACGGUGACUCACACGGUCCACUACCAGUCGGUGUCUCAGGCCACUGGGCCCUUGGUGGACGUUUCAGACGCUCGGCCAGGAACGAAUCCCACUACCCGGAGGAAUGCAAAGGCGGGGCCCACCGCCCGGAAUCGCUACGCCAGCCAGUGGACCCUCAACCGACCCCACCCCACCAUCUCCGCGCACACCCUCACCACGGACUGGAGGCUGCCCACGCCCAGGGCCACGGGCUCCGUGGACAAGGAGAGUGACAGCUACAGUGUCAGCCCCUCCCAAGACACAGAUCGAGCGCGGAGCAGCAUGGUCUCCACAGAAAGUGCCUCCUCCACCUACGAAGAGCUGGCCCGGGCCUACGAGCACGCCAAGAUGGAAGAGCAGCUGAGGCACGCCAAGUUCACCAUCACCGAGUGCUUCAUCUCAGACACGUCAUCCGAGCAGUUGACGGCAGGGACAAAUGAGUACACGGACAGUCUGACCUCCAGCACCCCUUCUGAAUCAGGGAUCUGCAGGUUCACGGCCUCUCCCCCCAAACCUCAGGAUGGAGGACGAGUGAUGAACAUGGCAGUUCCAAAGGCACAUCGGCCAGGCGACCUCAUCCAUCUGCCUCCGUACCUUAGAAUGGACUUCCUGUUAAACCGAGCUGCGCCAGGCACCAGCAGGGACCUGACUUUAGGACAAGCGUGCUUGGAGCCUCAGAAAAGUCGGACCCUGAAGCGCCCCACGGUCCUCGAGCCCAUCCCCCUGGAGGCUGCCUCCUCCACCUCCUCCACGAGAGAAGGGCAGUCAUGGCAGCAGGGGGCCGUGGCCACAUUACCUCAGCGAGAAGGGGCCGAGCUGGGACAAGCGGCUAAAAUGAGCAGCUCGCAGGAAUCCCUGCUCGACUCCCGGGGCCACUUGAAAGGGAACAAUCCUUACGCCAAGUCUUACACCCUGGUAUAACACACAGCAUGGUGGACGGCAGUUGUAAAUACAAUUUAAACAGUUCAAUCAAAGCUACCUUUUUUUUACGGAAUUCCAAUAUUUAUAAUUAAAGAAAAUUGCCAAAAUAUAUUAAAAAAAAAAAAAAAAAAAACAGAGAAAAUACUGAAACCACAGACAGUGCAAAGACUCUCCUGCUUUUUUCCGUCUAAGUGCAAGCUCCAUCCGUCUGGGCAUCUGAUUUUUUGGGAAAGAAGUCCAGUUUUAUGAUCCUCACAGGCUAUUGCGUUUUUACUGAUUUUCUACAAAGUGCAUGGGGACGAAUUAAACCUUCUGACUGGAAGUUCUAUCACAGAAGAGUCGAGAAAGGAAUCGGGGAGAUUAGCCUAUUUGUGAAUUUAAAAGGAACGCUGAUUUGGGAGCGGGGACAGCUCUCCUCACGUCCGUCCGCACACCUUUCUUUCCCGUUAGAAACCCGGUCCUCCAUCUGAUCUUUUGUUGUUAAUUAGGAUGAGUGCCGUCAGUGAAGGGGGUGGGGGGAAUCAGUUUGGUUCUCUUUUCUGUUUAUUUUUUAAUUUGAUGAGACACUCUUUGCAUUUUGUCUAAGCGAAAUAAAAACGAAAAGGUG